AUGGCAGCCGGAAGAAGUUCGACCAACAGGAGCACAGCGCUGAGCCAUAUCGGCCUAGUGCUCUCGGCGAUCUACCUCAACUUGACUUUAGACUCUGUCAACGGUAGCGAACACCACUCUUAUGGGGGAGGAGGGUAUGUACCACCUGUUGUCGUCCCUCCUCAGAUGUGGCCAGAGUUCCUGACCAGGCUUGCCAUCGGGGGCUUCGGCGAUCAAGGAGCUCUUGGAAACUACUUCAACCAGAAUGGCGCCAAUGGAUUUAACACAAAUAAUGGCUUCUUCGACGAUUUAUUUGCUCGUAGAAACGCCUAUGAUUAUGGAAAGGGUUAUGGAGCUGGAUUCGACUACGGAAGAGGCGGAGUCCAGGGCGGUGGCUACAGAGACCUGGGAGGUCGUAACAAAGGACAUACAGCUUCCGGGUUUUCCAACUCCUAUAGGAAGGACGAAUCCGGCGAUAGGUCUAGCUACUACGACGAUGGUCUCGGUCAUAAAGGAACCAUAAGAUACGGUGCUGAUGACGCAAGAUUCCGAGACCAAGGCGGUUCUCUCGGAAGAGGGGGAUUCCACAACAGCAACCUUAAUAGGUACGGCUCUGGGGCAAGAGGACGCUACGGUGAUGCCCUCACAUACGCCCAGGGUAGCGACAGGGGAGCACACUUCGGCGGCGGAAGAUACGGCUAUGCCAGGCAUGGAAGGCUCAUGCCGAACAAGAGUACCGGCCUCUACGUCAUCCCAAUGCCUAGCACACUUUUUUUCGAUCAAACCCCCCCUCCACUGUAA